CAAGGAAAAUGCAGUGCCUGUAUCGAGGAUAAUAAGUACUUGAAUUGCUCUUCUCGACGUUGACGUACGACCUUCAUUUUGAUCAUCUUGAUCCCUAUGAAGAUUCGUAACGAGGACAAGAUGGUGCUGUUUUCACGUCGUUCUUUCUCCAUGCUUUCUCGUCGCGCUUCGCGGACAGUGCUGCUUUGCGUUUUGUUUUCCUGUAGCACGGUCGCUGUAGUCUCCGCCUCGUCCUCCUCGGCCAGCAGUAGUGCAGCAUCUUCCGAAAGUACGAAAGUGCACAAGAAGAGCUCCCUGUUGAUGCCCUCUUUUGGUAUUGAAGGGCGGUGAUAAUAAACCAAACGAACACCAGUAAGUACACUGGAGGGUUUCGUUUCGCACGAUUAAGCUCAACAAGCUACACCUACAAGCGGACCAGUGUUGUAUUGCAGCGUCAGCUUCUGAAGCUGCUUGAUGUCAACACGCUUUCAAAGCUACACCACCUAGAACACGGCACGACCAUGCGUUGAGUUGAUAACUUUGCAUGACAUAGAAUGAGGGCAGGGGGAGUUGAGUUCUGCAUUUUCAUAAAAAAUCAUGAUAGCCGCGCUGUCAACGAGCCCCACUCGAUUCCGCAAUGUACCGCAGCGGACAACAACGUGUUUCCCUCGAUAUCAAAUGUAAAAAUGUCUGUGUCUGGAAACUUGUGAUGCUCGGUGGCGUCUCAUGAUGAGGCCACAAAUGCUGGAUCAGCAUGACAAGUUUCUGAGCUUCUAGGUGUUGCUUAUUCUGCAUGACAAACUGCGUUUCUGCAUCACAGAAAGAUGGGGCUCUUGGGUAAUGUGCAUGACAGAUUUAAUUAAGGGUCAUGCCAGACAAGCAUGACAAACAUGCAUUCUUCCAGACCCAGACAUUUUUGCAGUUGAUACUCGAACUGCAUCUGCAAAUCUGGAGAACUGUUUCGACCCCUCCUGAACGGUGUGCAGAACGGCUGCACUUGCACCGAGGAGCAGGCGGAUUCGGACCUGAAACUGGUGAGCAGCACCUGUCUGAUCAGCUACGCGCCUAUGCAAGAGAAAUUUAUGUCUUGCCGCCGUACAGCUACACGAGGGAGGCGGACUCGUAAGCGGUGCACCAAGUGCAUCUUCACAAAGUUGAAUUCACAACUGGGAAGCAGUCAAUUCUUGAAAGCAAACGAACUUGAUACUUGUCGUGCUGAAAAGGACGGUACAACUAGCGUACAUGAAAUUAUUGUGAUGCAACAAUGAUACUACAUGUGGUCAGCCCCGCGAGAAGUAGUACUUCUACGGCAAGGCUCUUACUCUGGAUACUGCCCAUGUUCCGGAUCGGAGAGGAGGAAAAACGAGUCUUCACAACCUACUGCAACAACGGCUGUUCCUCGGCCAAGUUGCGGUGCAAAGACGGCUCCCGUUACGAAUUCGUUUGCGAUGACGACAGCUACGGUGCGUUGAAGGAUAAAAACGGAUUGCAAACCGAGAAGCUGUCGUUCGACCACCCGGAGUCCUAUCUCCUGAAAAUUCACCAUCCCCAUGCACUUUUUGCAUGACAAACACUGACUUUACUACAUGUAUUGCAUGACAAAUUGGAUGGGGAUGGUUAAUUUUUAGACAAUAAAUCCUUCCACGAUCUGCUGGUCAACAUCUACGAAGUGGAGAUUUUGAAAGAAUAUGGAGUUCUCAAAUGUUACAUUCUGAACUGUUACACGAAUUUGUGAUGCAAAAACAGCAAGAGGGAAAGGGGCAAGGUGGCAAGUCUUGCAUCACAAGUUUCGCGCAGAUCUACAUGCUGUUUAGCCCUUCGAUAAUUCGUCAUGCGAAGCAGCUUGAUCGUCUGGCGCCUCAUGGUCAUUUUGCAUCACAAAUUCAUGUAACAGCUGAGAGUGUAACAAUUGAGAAUCCCAUAAGGAAAAGAACCCAAUUGUGAUUUUCAUCGGGUUGCUAAUCAUCUGCUGUUAUGCCAUGCAAAACCAAAAACAUCGUACUUUUAAGGAGACAUUGCAUUAGAAGUAGCUGGACCCGCAUUACAGAUGGAAUUUGUCAUGCUGAUUCAUCCUAACUACAACCUUCAUGCAUAACUGCAAUUAGUAGUACCAGUGCGAUAAAAAUUUUGCAAUGCAUAGCUGUUUCGCGACCGGGUUUUACACGGUGCUCCACUACUGCUGUUUCCGGAAGAAAUUUGACCCGGAUUUGUUUGUUCCCGACCCCGAGGCGGCGAUUGUCAGUACCGGGGGUGGUGGUGUUUUUGCAAACCACGAUCAGCAGGCCAAAUACACAUCGACGAAGCACGACCACCGGAGCACGACAUCAAAACGGGAAAGAUCGAUUCGGAAGCUGUUAUGCACAAAAAAAAAUAACAUUCUCAGCCAAUUUGCCAUGCAAAACACGCACAAGAUCUCGCUACAUGUCAUACAAGAGAUGGAUGGGGAAGGCAGGGGGAUGGCUCUUUUUUUUUUUGGAUAGCUGUAUUCCACUCUGUACGAGCAAGAUCCGAUAUCAACCAGAAAUUAUAGAGUCGUGUAGGCAUCAACAGUUUUGAGGAACUGCAGUCACGCAUGACAGAUCUUCUCUCUUUUUAUGCAUGCUAUGCAGGAAGAACAAACAACUUCUCUCAUGCGUUCUUACUGCAUGCAAAAUUUCCUCGACAGUUGUAACCGUUUUAAAACACUUUUUCGUGCGAUACCCGGAGCUGUACCACCAUGUGUUGCUCGAGCAAAGCGGCAUGACAGGUGGGCUACCCGGACGCGGGAAACUAUCCUCCAAAAGCAGAUCCUAUAGCGCUUCGCGCGGCGGUUUUCUGAAUAGCAUUACAGGAAGAAGCGGCGGUCGUGAGCGAAGCAGCAGUAACAUCAACUCCACUGCAGCAUCUCACCCUCAUAUGAGAGUGCACAACUCCCCGCCCUCAUUUGUCAUGCAAAAUACCAAAUCCACACCUUGCCCCCUCUUGGCACUGUUUGCAUGACAAGUUAUGGCACCCCAAAUAGCACUACACUCUGCUGCAAAUUUGUCAUGCAAAACCUGCAUUGUUGCUGAUGCCUGUAUUGCUGUUCAUGCCAUAGAAAUAAGGCUGAGGGGGUUUUGUGCACUCUCAUAUCUCACAACAAUCUUCCCCUUCCCCGCCUACCUCUCCCACUUCCCCCGACCCGGCUCGGCGCCGCUGCCUCGAUCUCGCCGAUACGGUAUCCUACAGAAUGAAAUCACCACGGUCUUCGCCCUUACAAAAGACAGUUUGUCGUGAUGCAAGAACACACAAAUAUGAGAGGAUACGAUGAUCGUGCGGACAACAUACAUGACAGAUUUACUUUCAGGAACGAGACGUUGGUACUUGAUUUAAAUGGGGAUAUGCGUGGGUUAGGCCUGGGGGACCCAGACAGGCGGCGACGCUUAUCGCAGGCGAGCCUUUCCUCGGACGACGGCGGGGAUUUGCUAUCGCCGUACAAGCUGUCAAGAACUCCGCCGAGAUACAACACUAGGGGCGGGAUGAAGAAGAAUUCUACUUCUACUGCAGCAUCUUCCCAGUAUUACAAGAAGAUCAAGGCGAAGAACGUGAAUUUCCACGGAAAACGGGUCUCCAAGGAUCCAAAUUCGCCAAACUUCGUGCCCCCACCCCCGCCUAUGGGAAUACGAAAGCGAAAAACCUUGUUGAUAGCUUCAUCGAGGUCGAAUAUGAAGAUCAGGAAGUGCUGAUGCGGCAUAAUCACAAGCCCUUCUACCCCUAGUACCGUUUUGGGUACUACACAAAUAAGUAGAACUUCUGUGUUUAUAUGGCCGAUCUUCGUCUUCAUCUGGGACAAGACCACAGGCGGUUUCUUGCAUUCCUGCACUCCUGUGUACCGCGAUCUGGAUCUUAUUUUUCUUUACCUCGAAGUCUAAAUUAUAUGCGAGAGCGAGAUGAUAAAGAACGGAUGCAUGUCCAUGUGCUGCAUGAACAACGAAAAUGGCCUUAUCUUGCAGCUGGUUUUUCGCGUUCAUAGAACAUUCCACCGGUGCAUUUGACGGGAGCGGGAGGAAGGUGGACGUAGUGGAUUGUUCUUUGCCAGAUGUGGUUACUUAUUUUUUGCUAGGAGGAAAGUAGGAGUGUGUCGCACGUCGACGCAGUGAUGUUCAUCUUGCAGGACCUCCACGAGUAAAAAAACAGUGAACCUUAUUUGCCAUCAUGCUCGUGAUGCGCCAUCAAGUUCUUUUCCUUUUCUCGGGAGCCUCGUAAGUAGUUCUCCUUUCAUCCAUGUAGUUUUGUUGCCUUGUGACCUUCGCGUUCGCAUGAUCGUAAAAAUAAAUCGUGUUCUUUCAAGAGCAAGAGUGGUUGGAGGCUUAGAAAAAAAAGAACACAAGCCAAUUUUUAAUCAAGCGAAUAUUUUUCGCGCCAAAAAUAUACUUCUGAUAAAAAAUAUUCGUUUGGUAACGCAUUGAACGGCGUCGCGAACGACAUUGGACACCGUGCGGCGUUUGUGACCUGCGGGCGAUCUAGGACAGAG